UUCCUUUGAUAUCUCCAUUAGCCAUAGAAUUUGAGAGAUAUGAGGAAACAAAUUUUGGAAGUUCCACUUUUGGACAGUUCUCCUAAUCCAUGUUUCAAUAGAAAGCAAAAAUGGAGUUUUGCUCUUUGCUUUUUAUUUGCAUUUACUGUCAUAACAUUUGUAGGCCUUACACACCAUGGAGACAUUGGUGUAUGGCUAAUUGGAGAUGUAAAUAGUAGAUAUAAUGAAAGACUACAGCAUAAUGCUGAUAUUGUUGAGUCAGAGGAAGCAGUUGUUGCUGCUGAUGAUGGUAGGUGCUCGGAAAUCGGUAUAUCCAUUCUUAAAAUUGGUGGACAUGCAGUUGAUGCUGCAGUUGCCACAGCACUGUGCCUUGGAGUAGUCAAUCCAAUGGCCAGUGGAAUUGGUGGUGGAGGUUUUAUGGUUGUUAGAUCUUCGUCUACGUCAGAAGUUCAAGCAAUUGACAUGAGGGAAACUGCUCCUUUAGCUGCUUCACAGAACAUGUAUGAUAAUAAUGGGGACUCCAAGUUAAAUGGACCAUUGUCUAUAGGAGUUCCUGGUGAGGUAGCUGGUCUUCACGCAGCUUGGUCAAAAAAUGGGAGGAUGCCAUGGAAGACCCUAUUUCAACCAGCCAUUAAACUAGCAAGGGAAGGAUUCGUGGUUGCUCCAUAUCUCGCAAACUCUAUUGCUAAACAAGCAAAAUUGAUACUAAAAGAUCCUGGUUUGCGACAAGUAUUUGCACCCGAGGGAAAGCCGUUACGAGCAGGAGAAAUUUGUCAUAACGUAGAACUUAGCCACAGCUUAGAGCUAAUUGCUGAACAAGGGCCGGAAGCAUUUUAUAAUGGAGAGGUUGGUGAAAAGCUUGUCGAAGAUGUGAAGAGAGCGGGUGGAAUUUUGACAAUGGACGAUUUGAGGAAUUACAAAGUGGAAACUCCAGAAGCAGUUACUGUUAAUGCUAUGGGCUACACAAUCGUUGGAAUGCCACCUCCGUCCAGUGGAACACUGGGGAUUUCUCUGAUACUGAAAGUCCUCGAAAACUAUGUGAGUUCAAAUGCUGCGAAAGGUUCUUUAGGACUGCAUCGAAUGAUUGAGGCGAUGAAACACAUGCUUGCAGUUCGAAUGAAUCUGGGUGAUCCCGAUUUUGUAAAUAUCAGUAGUACUGUAUCUGACAUGCUUUCCCCGUCUUUUGCCAAAGAAAUUCAACGAAAAGUCUUUGACAAUACCACCUUUCCUCCUGAAUACUAUUUGCCCAGGUGGAGUCAGCUAAGAGAUCAUGGAACGAGUCACUUUUGCAUUGUAGACGCAGAUCGAAAUGCUGUAUCAAUGACUACUACUGUAAACUAUCCAUUUGGAGGCGGUGUGCUCUCUCCAUCAACUGGUAUAGUACUCAACGAUGAAAUGGGAGAUUUCUCAACACCUAAUGAAAUAUCCCCCGAUAAACUCCCUCCUGCGCCUGCUAAUUUCAUUCAACCAAAAAAGAGACCAUUGUCAUCCAUGACUCCAAUUAUUGUUCUCAAGGACAAUCAGUUGGCUGGUGUAAUUGGUGGUAGUGGUGGCCUAAAAAUCAUCCUCGCAGUCAUCCAAGUUUUCAUCAACCAUUUCGUCUUGGGGAUGGAUCCUUUAGCAGCAGUACAGAGUCCGAGAGUAUACCACGAGCUAAUCCCAAAUGUAGUUCUGUAUGAGAACUGGACAUGCAUAGAUGGCGAUCACAUUGAACUCUCGGAUGAGAAAAAACAUUUCUUAGAAGAAAGAGGUCACCAACUCGAGGCAAGAAACGGAGGAGCCAUCUGCCAGUUAAUCGUUCAAAACCUUCCAAAUCCUCCGUUACAGUUGGGCAGAAGGAGUGGAAAAGAAUAUAAAGACGGUAUUUUUCGUGGCAUGCUUGUAGCUGUUAGUGAUCCUAGGAAAGAUGGAAGACCUGCAGCCAUAUGAUGAACUCAUCCUGCUUGAUUUAUGAAUCAGUCUAUUAUAUUUGUACAUAAAUGUCCGGAAACUGGCUAAAAAGCCACAUUUUCUGGAGAAACAGUUCUUAUAAGAAGUUGUUUUAGCUGUGAUUUCUUCCCAUCUGUCUAAAUGUUGGUAAACAAAGUUACCUCAUACUUAUGUUGGUGGAAUACAACAUGCACUCGAUGAAACAGUCGAGGUGUAUAA